AUGAAGCAGCAAGAAGCUGCUGAGCUUGAGGAGAAGCAAAUUAUCAAGCGGAGGAUCCUCGAAUACAAUGAAAGGGAGGAGGAAGAACUGAAUGGAGCAUCACAAAUGGGGAACUGGGGUCAAGGAGCUACCAAUACCAGCAGUAUCAGAUCAGUUAAGUAUGUUAAUCCUGUAACAAAGCUCUGCAUUGUCCGUGUGUCACGUGAAGACCACCAGAAAGUUUGGGCUGCUAUGACAAUGGUGAGGUGCAUUGGGAAGAUCCCUGUUUCAUUCAACUUGCUUGACAUGAGUGUCCUUAAGAAAAGGGCCACUCUUCUUUUUAUUGCCCAACUACCACAGUUUAGCUCAUCAAUCAUAAUUGCAUUCACUUUUUCCAGGAAGCAUCAGGGCUUCCAAGAAGCUGCACUGGAGUGUGAUGAAGCAAAAUUUGAACAAUACAAGGUGGCUGCUGGAGAUCAUAUCACGGCAGAGAUCAUCCAGUCCGUAGAGAGCUGCUUUGAGAAGAUUAGAGGCCUAGAGAGCUAG